AUGACUAUAAUCAUAGAUAUCGUAGUCAGCGUCAAAUUCAUGGUUGGUGGUUGGUCGCUGCUCAAAUUCUUGGCUGUACUCUCGGCUGUAAUGCGUCGUCGUAGCGGCUGGGAAAGCAACGAACCUCCUCGGCAGACGACCAAAGCCUCUCCGGCCAAUACGGAGCCUAAGGGGUCCCAGCUAGAUGAGUGGUAUAAGACGCAAGAGACACACGAGCAGCUGGUAGUAGGAGAAAAGACGUCGCGAACUUUUGCCAAGACUCUGGGCUUUCUGGAAGAGAUCGAGGAGAAGGUGGAUGGUGAUGACAGAGGAGAAGAGAACACAAGAGGCUGA